GCAACAGAAACAUUGGAAAACACGAUUUCAUGAAGGUUUUUACCAUCGUCUUAAAAAAUCCCUAAAUAAGUUUCUUGGCUACAUUGAAUGCGGAUGACAAAGCCUAUAAGUUUGUAAAUGAUGUGCGGAACAACCAACAAACAAUGAGGAGUUUUACCAGCUUUAAAAUAAUGGAUAUGGGGUGAAAUUCUCAAAGCUGAACCGCAAAAAAGGAAAACACCAUAAACUCGUCUUCUGCCUCAGUGCCUGCCACUCGCGAAUAAGGUAAAACAAGCCAGUUAUACUAACCAUCAAUGGGUGUAAAAGGACUGUGGGACAUACUAGAUCCAGUGCAGAAGUACACCACCCUGCAGGACCUGGAAGGCCAGACUUUAGCCGUGGACAUGAGUGCUUGGGUGGUGGAAAACCAACUGCAGGGUGUGCAGAGGCAUUUGCUGAAUGCACAUGUCAGGAACCUUUUCUUCCGAGUCUCCUACAUGAUACGCCAUAACAUCAAGCUAGUGUUUGUAACUGAGGGAACGGCCCCAGCUGUUAAAGCCAGCACCAUUGCAAAGAGAAGAGAGAAGCUACCCUGUCACUCAGAAUCUAAGCAGCCAAGCAAUGGGCAUCCAAAUAUGAAGAGAAAUUAUCUCAAAGGAUUAUCAAAGCCAUGCUGCACCCUAUUGGAGCACAUGGGUAUUCCCUGUGUUACCAGCACAGGUGAGGCAGAGGCUACGUGUGCAUUACUUAACCAGCUUGGGCUGGCUGAUGCUGUCAUUACAGAAGAUGGGGAUGCCUUUCUAUACGGCGCUCGUACAGUUUACAGGAACUUUUCCAUUUCAAAAGAUGCUCACGUGGAUGCGUACACUACUGACGAUAUCGAGCGUAGCUUGGGGCUGAGCAGACGACACUUGGUUGCGUUGGCCCUCCUAAUCGGCUGCGAUUACCACGAUGGUGUGCCUCACAUUGGCAAAGAAAAGGCCCUGCUCCUGUUCAAAACGCUGGGAGAGGACGACCCUUUGGACAGAUUUAAACGUUGGACAAAUGAUCGAUGGUUUAAUGAUUUACCGACUGCUGAAUCUAUUGGAAAAUUAAAGCACUGUGUGAGAUGCAAGCAUCCAGGCCAAAAAAGGCAGCAUCAGAAGACCGGCUGCAUCCACUGCAGCAGCGCCAUAAGUUGCGUUCCCAGCGACGAUGGUUAUGAGUGCAAGUGUGAGUGGCACCAGCAGAAGGUGAUAGCAGACAAGCAUGCUGUGGAGCUGCGAGUGAGGAAGGAGGCUCUCACUGUGCCAGGAUUCCCUAGUGAUGAGAUAAUAAAAGAAUUUCUGAAUUUCAAUGAGGACAUGCCAAAGGAACCAUUCGUGUGGAGGCGACCAAAGCUUGAUAUGAUCGUUGGAAUGUUGGGAGCACAGCUUCACUGGGAUCCAGUAGAUGUUGUGAAAAAAGUCAUUCCUCUAAUAACUGCAUGGGACCUGCAGGAUAUUGCCACCAGGGGGCGUACCAAUCCACAGCACAUGAAGCCCAUAAGAAUUGUACAAAGCAGAGUAGCACAAGGAAUAGAUAGCUUGGAGGUGGAAUGGGAGAAACUAGAUGGUGACAGAUGGACUACAUCUAGUUACUACUCUACCGUUGAGUCAGAGAAGAGUUUUAGCACUGCCUAUCCUGACAUGGCAAAAGCAUUUUUUGAUGAGCUUCUAGCCAAGAGGGCAAAGAAGAAAUCAAAGCGAAAAAAUGAAAAUGGCAAGAAAAAGAAAGAUGGGGACAAACACAGCAAGGUUGCUAUUGGAACUCAGAAUACUCUUGAAAAAAAUUCAAUUGGUUGCUCUGAUGAUAUCGAGUCACUCACUCAUGGUCUGCAGAGGGUUGGGCUUAGUGGUCAUAAAAUGACCGAGAAUGUGCUCGAAGUCAGAAAGAAAGUCAGUCUCGUUGAGUUGGGAAAAUCUGCGAGAGACGAAAAAACAUGCGAUCGUGUUAGAAAGCCUGCAGAGGAUGGAGUUUAUAACACCAUCGCUAAUCGAGAAAGUCGUGACACUGAAACCAUAGAACUGCAACCAGAUACUUCAUUCACAUCGGUGUUUGAGGGAAAGGACGAUCGGCGAUUUAUUUCCACCUUUGACUUGCAACCAUGUUCGUCAAAACGUGAUGGCACUUCGCUCUUGCCUUACCAGGGGACUGACCCUGAAGAUGCACAACAACGUGAAGCAGGAUGCAUCUCCGAGGAAAGCUCGGACGAUGGCGAGGAUGGAGGCCUGCUGCAGCGCAUCAUGGCUCGGAGAAAAGCCGCAGAUACGUUGACAAGUGGUGACGGACGGGCGCCGACCGCGGCUGCCAUUUGUCAUGUUGGAGAUACUCGGCUAGCGUCAAGCGGCGAUCGGAUUCGUCUCGUCGAUGACAGCGACGGUGACGGUACGGUUUUGCUGACGUCAUCGGACGAGUCUGACGCAGGAGAGAUAGUCAAUGGCGGAACGGAGAAAGGAAAAACCAAAGUAUUGACGUACUGUGGGCAGGAAACGCGUUCGGAAUCGUCUGUGGCUGUCGUCGAGGCAGUAAAUGGCAUCUGUACCACCACCGAGGCUGAAAGUGGUUUUGCGUCCGAACCCCGAAAGAUCAUAAGUGGAACGCUGUCUGCAACAAAUCGCCUUGGUGCCGUCGGCGAUGGUACUGGUAACCAUAACAUGGACUCAGACCAACUGGUCGUAUGCACACAAUCAUGGAAGAAGGCAAGUACAUGCCAGGGCGAAAACCUCAAACAGUUGUUUUACACUAAGACAGGUGAUCCAGUUGCUGACAGCAACCGACGUGAGGAGUCAACAUUCUUGUCAGCAUUGCGCGCGGAAGUCGAUGUUAGAACUACUCCCUUGCAGCUACAUCCUCCUGCAGGCAGGCAGACCGGUUGCUGCGCAUCGUCACCUUACAACGCCAGCGACGACCUGUUCGCAAGUUAUGCCGAGGUCACACCUACUAGGACACUGUGCCCCUCUGAUGCGACGUCUGGGUGUGCUAGUGGCUUGCGUGAUUGCAAUACCACUCGCUAUCCGCCUAUUCCAGAGUUUAUCAGCACUCCAGUUGUCUGCAUGCUCGAUUCUACCGAGCAGUCCCCCAUGUUAGAGUGUACACAUACAAAAAUUAAACAUUCGACUAGCACCCCGAAUUUGCUAGAGGGUGGGCAUGCAGAACUGAGGAAAUUUGUAUAUAGCAAGGGCAUCCAUGGAGAAAGAGAUGCCUUCUCUCCAACUGGUAACAGAAAUGUGUGCCAUGAUCUAGCACCAGAGGGAGCUGCGUGCCCUCAUUGUUCUGCUAAUGUAACCACGACAUUGCAUGCACCAACAUGCCGUAUACGCAUCGAUGGAAAUCCUCGACCCACGACGGUCUCCAGCGAGAAUCUUUGUCGUGUCAAUAUUCCUCCAGGUAAUGCCCAGCAGAUGAUUGAAUUUGGGCUUACCGUGUCAUCGGCAGGGAUCAAUACGUCCAUAGAAAGCCUAGCCACUGUAGUUGCAGCUAGUGAGGACCAAGCGAGCAACGUGUGCUCUUACUUUGAUAAUGUCGACGAUAGUCCACUUCCACUUGCCGAGCGGCUAAAGCGAAGGCUGAAUAAGUAAUCGUGUGUGGUGUAGGAUUAUAUCAACUUGUUAACAGGCAUAAAUAAUAUUUACAUUAUAUUUUAUAUUUACCCAUCAACCCACUGUUGUUAAUUUACUCAUGUGCUGUGAUGGAGAAGGGGUGCUAUGUGCUUGGGGCUACUUGCCAGCAACACAAUAAUCUUUGCUGUUAUAAGUGAAGGCACUCGGUACUUGAUAUGGAUCUUCCUACUCUCCCACCAGGAAAUUACAAUAUGUAAAAAUGUCAUAUAUAUCAGUAGUUAUUUUCCUUAUAAUAAAACGUUUUUAAACAAAUUGUGUGCACGA